CAAAACACUUAUUCCGAUACUUUGUGAGACACUGAAAACUAGUCAUUAAAAUGGUAUUUUUGCUCAAAUCCUUACCGCUAUUGUUUGUUUUGCUAUCGGCGUUGGACUCGGCGUCGGUUGUAGUAAGGAAUAGCGGUAACUAUAAGGUGGUGUGCUACUGGGGCUCCUGGUCCUACUACAGACCCAAUGCUGGCCAAUUCCAACCCAAGAACAUGGACCCCAACCUGUGUACACAUAUGAUGUAUGGGUUCGCCAAACUCAAUGAGAAUACCAACAAAAUCGAGGUCUUCGAGGCCGACCUCGACUUAGGCGAUGAAGACUACAAUAGUGGGCUUCCAUGGGGUAGAGGAAUGUACCGACACUUCAAUGACUUACGGAAAAUAAACCCCAAUCUGAAGACAAUGAUAUCGAUCGGCGGUUGGAAUGAGGGUUCGGACAAGUAUUCAGUGAUGGCGUCCAACCCGUCCUCCCGAGCGGUGUUCGUCCAGUCGUGCGUUGACUUCCUUAAGGAACACAAGUUCGAUGGUUUGGAUGUGGAC